AUGGCCAGAUAUUCUUCUUUGCCUAAUAACACAGCUAUAAGGGAUCGAAUUAAUGCCAUCCCAGAAAAUUUAAUUAGCAAUUUGCAAACGAUACUCAAGGAAGAUGAUGAUGAUACAGUGCUCGUAGAGCAUUUUCAAUAUGAACAAAGGCUUGAUAAAUCGUUGCUAAGUAAAUAUUCUGUAAUUGGGUUGGGUUUUGGCUUAAUGAGUCCCGUAUUGGGAAUGAGUACUAGUCUAUCUACUGGGCUUGUGAACGGUGGACCGUUGACAAUACUGGGAGCAUUUAUAAUAUGUGGGUUUAUGAAUUGGUUAACAUCACUAUCGAUUGGAGAAGUUGUUUCAAAGUACCCUAUAGAAUUACACGGUAGUGUGGCUAUGCUAGCUCCCGAUAAUUACAGACUGGUGACUGCAUAUUUUACUGGGUGGUUGAUGCUAUUAGGAAACUGUGUUAUGAAUGCCAGUAUUCAAUAUGCGGGCGCUAGACUGAUAAUCUCGUUAGUCACAAUCUCUGGCGAUAGCUUGAUUUCUGAAGACAACCUAAUUAUUUGGACGGUACUGGUUUACUUUCUUUGUAUUACAAUAACCGGUAUUAUUAAUUCUAACUUCGCGAGGUAUCUAGAAAUUAUCAAUACUGUGUGCAUAUAUUGGAUACUUUACGCUGUCGCUUUUAUUGACAUUCUUCUUCUAAUGUUCCAUUAUGGUUCGUUCAGGCCCUUUCUAUAUGCAUUCUUCCAUUUUGACAAUAAGUUGUCAGGGUACAGCAGUGCUGUACUCUCAUUUAUGGUUGGUGGAUUUCAACAAUCCAACUUUACUUUACAAGGUUUCAGCUUACUUCCUGCUCUUUCGGAUGAAACUAGAGAACCAGAGAAAGAUAUUCCUAAAGGUAUGUCUCAAUCUGUACUUGUAUCUACUAUAUGUGGGAUAAUAUAUUUAAUCCCAAUAUUACUAGUUAUUCCAGAACCAGAAGAAAUUAUGAAUGAUUCCAGAGUGAUGGAAAUUGUUUUAAUAUUCACAAAAUCUACAAGGUCUAAAAUCGUUUCAUAUUUCCAGGUACUAUUAAUCUUGGGCAAUUUGUUAUUCUCUGGUAUUGGAUCAAUUACAACAUCUUCCCGUGCCGUUUACAGUAUGAGCCGCGAUCAUGGUCUGCCAUAUUCCGACCUAUGGUCAUAUGUGUCCCCUGACUCCCAAUCUCAGGUGCCAAGAUAUGCCGUUUAUUUAAGUAUGGGAAUCUCGUACAUUUUUGGUCUACUGCCUUUUAUAUCAGGAAAUGCAUACAACUCAUUUAUUGGUGCAUCCGUAUUAUGUUUAUGUUCUGCCUCAUCUAUUGCAAUUAUCUGCGUUAUGUUAACGGGAAGGAGAGGCAUCAAGGGUGCUGGUGUUAAAAUUCGUUAUAGAUUGGGCUGGCCUGUGGAUGUUUUUGUAUUACUAUGGUUGGGUCUGGUUAUGUUUUGUAUGUGUAUGCCUGUCACAGUUCCUGUGACCAUCAACACCAUGAAUUAUACUUUUCUGAUAUUUCUGGUUUUCCUUGUAGGAAUUAGUGGGUUAUAUAAUUUCUGGGGAAAAUAUAACUUUAGCAUUCCUGAACUGUCCGAGAACUACAAUUUAGAAUCUCAACAAUUAUCUUUCCGUCCUCAAGCAUCCAAAAUUGGCACCUCAUCGGAUAUGGAUGAUACUUUUACUUCCAAUGAUUCCUCUACCGCGCCACCUAACUCAGAAUCUGUUAAAACUUCACUCAUAGAGGAGAAGCGAUGA